CAGCGCGCAGUAAAACCAUGGCAGGAGUUUGGGCGGCUAUCUUCGUGUACGUCUUGUUCUUUUGUACGGCUAGUUCUCAGCAAAUUUAUUCCGAUGACAAAAAUGACUGCGACCGUAAUGAUCAGACGAUUGAAAUAUUGAACGAAAAGAUUGAGUACUUACGACAGGAGAACGUGAGACAGGCAGAUUCCUUAAAACGAGAAAACGCCAGACAGAUUGAGUCAUUAAAAAAGGAGAACGCGAGACAAAUGGAGUCUUUAAAACGAGAAAACGCGAGACAAAUCGAGUCCUUAAAACGAGAGAAUGCGAGAAUUAAGGUUAAUCAAAGAACAAUAAAGAAGAAUUUUACGAGAUGUUUAACAUCCUUAUGAAAAAUGUGACCAACAUCCACGAAGAUUUGAAAGGCAGUAUACUGCAAACCAUCAAGUCAGAGUUAAACAUACAUAAAGAUUGUAAGAACCUCAAGGACCUCUACUUGAAUGGUAAUACAGAAUCUGGUGUUUAUGAGAUAUAUCCAUUUGGUAAUAACAGCAGGGUCAGCGUCUUCUGUGACAUGGUGACAGAAGGUGGAGGGUGGACAGCUAUACAGAAACGUGUCAGUGGUUCAGUGUCAUUCGACAGAACAUGGACGGACUACAAGACGGGAUUCGGGAAUCCUAACGGAUCCUACUGGAUUGGGAAUGACGUAAUACAUCAACUUACCAAGGGAAGGAACUCCUCCCUCUACGUCUCCAUCACACUGACCAAUGGGAAAAAGCUCUAUGAAUUAUAUAACCAGUUCUCUGUUGCUGACGAAAUCAAGAAAUACAGACUUUUUCUUGGAGGACCAGCUACCGGGACCCUGGAAGACUCUAUGUUAGACACUGGUAAUUCUUACUACGAUCUGUCUGGGAUGUCCUUCUCCACCCCGGACAGAGAUAACGACAGGUAUAGUACAGGUAACUGUGCUGCUGACAUUUAUGAAUGA